UAAAGUUACGGCUCAGUAAAAUAUCAGAAAAGGAAAUACACAAACAGGUUUUCACUACAGAGCGGAUUUUCUCCUUCAUGUGAAUACUAGAAGAAAACGAAGGAGAUAAAUAACACAGGGAAUCUGGAUUGACUCAACAACGACUGUUUCUAAAUGGACUCUCCUGGAUUGGAACCACCGGGAACCAUUUGUUCUGAGAUAAGGACACGCUUCUCAUUAAUGUGAUGGCAAUAUUUGUAUGAAACGUCCCUAUCUUGGAAAUUUGAGUGAAGAUGACUGCCCUCGUGAGGAACGUACAGCAAGUGCUGUGCGUCCUGUUGCCGUGUGUUCUCCAACUCUGCACCGCACAGACACAAGGAGUGGUUGUAUGUUCCGGCACCCACAAUGCUCUAAGCACGACAGGAAAUUCAGAGCUCCAGUACAACCUGAUGAAAGAGAUGUACACUGGCUGUGAGAUUGUGAUGGGCAAUCUUGAAAUUACCAUGAUGGAGCACACCAGAGACUUCUCCUUCCUACAGUCUAUCAGGGAGGUGACAGGCUACAUCCUUUUAGCUGUUACCGAGUUCAACCGUCUGCCUCUGGACCGCCUGCGCGUCAUCAGAGGAACCACGCUGUAUGAGGACCAAUACGCUUUGGCUGUGAUGCUCAACUACCAGAAGGACGGGCAGCAUGGCCUUCAAGAACUGGGCCUGACACACCUCACAGAGAUACUGGAAGGAGGAGUCAAGAUCAUCCAGAAUAAGUACCUGAGCUACGCCCAGCAGGUGAACUGGCUGGACAUAGUAAAGGAUGGAACAGCUCAUCUUCUGAUCGAAGGCAAUGGGCCUGACAAGCCUUGCAACAAAGCAUGUGGAGAACUUCCAUGUUGGGGUCCGGGAAAUGACACUUGCCAGAUCCUGACAAAGACUGUGUGCGCUCCUCAGUGUAACGGCCGAUGCUUUGGUAGAAACCCGAGCGACUGUUGUCACAGUGAGUGUGCCGGAGGCUGCACUGGAGCCCUGGAUACAGAUUGCUUUGCUUGCAGAAACUUCAACAACUCCGGCGCCUGUGUGCCUCUGUGUCCCCAGACCAUCAUCUACAACAAGCACACAUUCAAAAUGGAGCCCAACCCCAAUGCCAAGUACCAGUAUGGAUCCAUCUGUGUGGCCCAGUGCCCUACUAACUUUGUGGUGGAUGGCAGCUCGUGUGUGAGCAGUUGCCCGUCUGAUAAAAUGGAGGUGGAGAAAAAUGGAGUGAAAAGUUGUGAACCCUGUGGAGGCCUCUGUCCUAAAGCUUGCCAUGGCACAGGAAGUCCGACCAGACAGACUGUAGAUGCUCUUAACAUUGACAGUUUCAUAAACUGCACUAAGAUCCAGGGUAGUCUGCACUUCUUGGUGACUGGGAUCGACGGUGAUAAUUACAACAACGUACCAGCCCUUGAUCCAGAAAAACUGAAAAUCUUCAACACUGUGAGGGAGAUUACAGAUAUUCUCAGUAUACAGUCGUGGCCUAAAAACAUAUCUGACCUGUCAGUCUUCUCCAACCUCCAAACAAUUCAGGGAAGAACACUUCACAAAGCAGUGAGUUCUAAAAGGGGCUACUCUCUUCUGGUGAUGAAGAUCCCCUCUUUGACCUCCCUGGGGUUACGCUCACUGCGAAAAAUAAACGAUGGCGGCGUCUACAUCACAGGAAACAAGAAGCUCUGUUACCAUGACACUGUUAACUGGACGAGUAUCAUGACCAGCAGCUCUCGCCCACAGCGACGCCAGAAGCACGUCGACCUCAAGGAGAACAAACCAAGAAAUCAGUGCGUUAUUGAGGGCCAUGUAUGUGACCCCCUGUGCUCUUCUGAUGGCUGCUGGGGCCCAAUGCCAAACCAGUGUCUGUCUUGUAAGAAAUUCAACAGGGGAGGAACGUGCGUGCCAGACUGCAUGUUCUUAACUGGGGAGAGGCGGGAGUUUGCCACUCAAUCAGGAGAGUGUAUGCCAUGCCACCCAGAGUGUAAGGUCCAGGAAGGGAAGCAGACCUGCACAGGCCCGGGAGCAGAUCAGUGUAUAGCAUGUGCCAGGUUGCGGGACGGUCCACACUGUGUCUCUUUGUGUCCUGAGGGGGUUAUGGGAGGGGACGAGGUCAUCUUUAAAUACCCCAACAAGCAAGGCAGCUGUGAAACAUGCCACAUCAACUGCACCCAAGGGUGCUAUGGCCCAGGAAUUGGAGACUGUGUGGGGUCAUCUCGGUACAUUUCUGGACAAGAGACCACAGCCAUCGUACUGGGAGUGAUUGCUGUCCUCUUCGCUUCAUUCUCUGUUUUUGUGCUGACUGUUCUCUACCGCCGAGGCCUCGCCAUCCGUCGCAAGCGAGCCAUGAGGAGAUACAUGGAGAGCGGAGAGAGUUUUGAGCCGCUGGAUCCUGGAGAGAAAGGGUCUAAAGUCCACGCUCGGAUCCUAAAGCCCACAGAGCUGCGUAAGAUCAAGCUGCUGGGUAAUGGAUCGUUUGGAUCAGUCCAUAAGGGCAUUUGGAUCCCGGAGGGCGAUACAGUGAAGCUUCCUGUGGCCAUAAAGACGAUUCAUGAUCGCACUGGACGGCAGACCUUCUAUGAGCUGACAGAACACAUGAUGGCCAUUGGAAGCAUGGACCACAUUAACGUUGUCCGGACCCUGGGUAGCUGUCCCGGUGCCAGCUUGCAGCUCGUCACCCAGCUCAGCAGCCAGGGCUCCCUGCUGGAGCAUGUCAGGAACAGCAAAAACAAACUGAGCCCGCAAAGGCUGCUCAACUGGUGUGUUCAAAUUGCAAAGGGUAUGUAUUACCUGGAGGAGAACAGAAUGAUCCACAGGAACUUGGCUGCCAGAAAUGUGCUCCUGAAGAAUAAUUACACCGCCCAGAUCUCAGACUACGGCAUUGCAGACCUAAUUCACCCUGAUGACAAGAAGUGCUUUUACAAAGAAGUCAAGACACCAAUCAAAUGGAUGGCUUUAGAGAGCAUCUUGUUUCGCAGAUACACACAUCAGAGCGAUGUCUGGAGUUACGGUGUUACUAUAUGGGAGAUGAUGUCCUAUGGGGCAGAGCCGUAUACUACGAUGCGUCCACAGGAUGUUCCAGAUCUGCUGGAAAAGGGCGAACGUCUGUCCCAGCCUCAAAUUUGCACAAUUGAUGUCUACAUGGUCAUGGUUAAGUGUUGGAUGAUUGAUGAGAAUGUCCGCCCAACAUUCAAAGAACUGGCGAAUGAGUUUACCCGAAUGGCCAGAGAUCCACCUCGCUACCUGGUGAUCAAAGAGGACUGCACCCAACAGGACUCAGCCCCAGAUGAACUGGCCCAGCGGAAUGCAGACCUGGAUGACCUGGCGGAUCUAGACACUGAGCUGGUGGACGAGGAGGAGGAAGGGGUGGUAGAUGGGAUGACUGCAGCCCCCCACUAUUUGUCUCAGGCCAGAAGCUUCAGUCGCCUCUCCAGGAUGGAUACACACAGAGUGGUUAUUACUUCAUCAAACCUGGCUGGAUACCUGCCUAUGACUCCAGGUGUUGACAACCCUGGACAGGCCAUGUGGCAGUCGCGCUCUCGACUUAACUCGGCACGCACUGUGUCUGAGAGCUCAGAGGGCUGUGGCACAGCAGUGGAGCUUGAGAUGAGUGAGGACUUCUCCCUGACAGGGAGCCUGAAGAGACAACGUCAACGUCAGGACAGCGCUUACAUGUCGCAGAGGGACAGCUUGUCCGGCGGGCCACCAGAGACUCCAUCACCAGAAAUGGAGGAAGAGGACCAGAAUGGAUACGUGCUUCCUGGAGACAGCCCAGAGAGAGAUACCCUACUUUCCUCUCGAGUCGCUCCUGGCAGGAUGGGCAAGUCUCAUUCGUCGGGCCUCAUCAAUGACCCAGAUGAGGAAGAAUAUGAGUAUAUGAACAAGCAGACGUGUCUGACAGCUGUCUCGCCUAGGCACAGCAGCCACUGGCCGAAGCCGAACAAGAAGCGCUCCUCCUCUGUAUCGUCAGCAGUGACAGCAUGCUCUGGUGACACCACAUCAUCUGUGGAGGUCAGGGGAGGUCACACAAGGAGCAAUUACAACUCUGAUUCAGAGCAGCAGGAAUCUAAUGAAGUUGAAUAUGAAUACAUGGACAUCAGGGGUGAAAAAGAUGAAUGCCCUCCAGUGCCUGACCCUCCUUCGGCUCCUACACCACUGAGUAAGGGCAGAGAGGUGGAGCUGGAGGAGAAGGAAGAGGAGGAUGAAUAUGUGGAGGACAGUAAUUACCAUUACACAAACAGACAGCCAAAGCUGCGUCAAGCUCUUAGAGAAAGGAAGGAGCUGAAGAUAGAAGGAAGGGACGAGGGUGAGGCGUAUGAGUAUGAGGACAUGGACUCCUUUGCUGCCCUGCGGCCUGGAGAUGCUGUGGUGUACCACAACCUGCAGAGGGAGGGGGAGGGAGCAGUAGGAGGCACAGAGGCACAUCGAUCUGGCUUCGAGCCCUAUGUUAAAGUGCGAGCUGGAGUCUGGGAACCUGCAGCUGGCGACAAAUCUUUUGACAAUCCAGACUACUGGCACAGCAGGAUGUUUCUGAAGCCCAAAGCAGUGCCUACAUGAGGAACAUUUUAAAUCUCUCACUUUCCUCUGAGACGUAUUCAUGAAGGACCUGAAACAGGAAAUGCAAUCAAAGCCAUCUUAAUAAUGUAGCCUAGGACACAGUUUC